GACUUUCGGCCAAUCUCCGUGUAUUUAAGGGGUGUAAAGCCGCUUAAUUUUUUUAUUUUUUAACGAAAGUAAGAGUGCAAUCGCAAUUAACUCGUCAUCCUCCAUGAUGCGUGUUUUCACUUAAGUGGCUCUAUACGUACUGGCCAUGUAAAUUCAGAAUGAAAAAAACCGAAUGUGUGCGCUAGUGACACGGAAUCCCAAAUCUGAAUUCCUGAUCAGGAAUCCGUAUCCGGAAACCGGAUGUGUGCUGCCGGCCUUAAUGUAAACUGCACUUAUUGAGGUUGGGAUCCAAACGAAUGGAAAUUAUUAUUUUUGAACGCAUUUUUCUAAACUGCGUUUUCCAUGUUUAACACAUAAAAGAACUGCGACGAAAUUAUAAAGAUUUGUGCAAUAAUUUAUGACCAUCAUUCAAUAAAACCAUAAAACGGUAUUAUAAUAACUAUUAGGUACCAUAGAAAAUUGCAAACCUGACGAAAUAAGUUACAACUAAUCUGACUAAAUCUAAGCUGACUUCGACCAGAUUUGUCUUCUAUUGUAAAAUGUCAAUAACAUUAGACUAUAAGUGGAAAAAAACCUGAAAAAACCGAACCUGUUUGCUUCGAAGCUAAUGACCACCAUAUUUAUCUUUUCUUUCCUUUUUAGAAUUUUCAUGAUUUAUGACCUGCGUGCAUUUUAAUAUUUUAUUAACUAACUUCCCAAUAAAGAGGAGGUUCUUGAUUCGUCGGAUUUUUAUUGUAAUAUUUCCAUGUACAUAUGUAUUUUGAAAAUUUCACGCAAAAUCUAUGAUUGUAGCUUAGUUUUUUCCUCUAUUGCAUUUACCUACAGCAUUUGUAAUGUGACGUGCGUGUGUCCUAGUUUCAAAAGGUGAAGUUUCAUAUGAUCGCGAUUUGUAUAAGAAAUGAACAAUUAUGGGAAAUUUUACACGUUUCAUUAUUAUUAAUUUUUCUCUCGUUAACACACACGCAGAGAAAAUAAUGAUUACUUCAGUACGUUGAUAUCUACCGAAUUAGAGACGGUGUUUCCAUGAAUUAUUUAAAAGUUUCUUUGAAUUAAGUAAAGCCUACCUAAAAGGAUUAAUAGUAAGUAAAAAAUUGAAUAAUACUUUUUAUCACUAAAUACCUACUUCGAAAUUUUAUACCUUAAUAACUAAUUAGGUUAAUGACAUCUAUUAAUUAAAUAAACAAAUUAAAAACAAAACAAUUAGUUUCGACUAAUGUUAUCAUUUGGAUUAGCAAAUAUUAAUUAAGUUUUGUUUACCUAAUUAUCGGUUAAGUUAAUUGACCUACUAUAGAACAACAGUGUCAACAAAAUGUUGUAUCUACACAUCCUAUUGUUUAUGUAACUCAUUGAUCACACAAAUUGUAGUAACCUACUAAACUUUUACAACGCCAAAAACCCAAAACAAAAAAGUAGGUUUGUUGUCUAUGUAACGUGCAUUUAUAUGUAUUUUGUCUACCAUCACGCAUGUAACUUAAUCCGCUUCCUGUUCUCAUUAAGUGGCUAAAAUAAAAUAAUAUAUGAAUACAAUAAUUAGUGUUUUAUUCACAGUACGAGUCACGUAACGUUGACGCACAAUCGCGGUGCAGCACGGGCUGUGUACGAGUCGAAAUAGGGGGGAUUGUCGAGUUAAGUAAGAGGUUACGGCACAACAGCUAGCCCCAGCAUUCUCCUACCAGACGCACGCUUAAACGCUUCACUGGCUUCGAGAAAAUAUCGCGAAACACUGUAGAAACUCAUAACACUGAGAUCCAGGUCACUCGCUAACUAAACGGCUCACAAGUGCAACGAAAGUAAAAGUGUUUCGAUUCUUCGAGCUCCUAUCUAAGUAUCGUCACUCUAACAUGCAGACCAGAUACGCCGUCGUUUUGUGUUGCGUGGUAGCCGCUUGCGUUGCGCAAACGCAGCGACCGCCUGUCUCAGACAGCGCGCUUGAAGAUGCACUACAAGACAAACGGUUCAUUCAGAGACAGCUGAAGUGCGCUCUCGGAGAAGCACCCUGCGAUCCCAUCGGAAAGAGAUUGAAGACACUCGCGCCACUGGUGCUUCGUGGGGCCUGUCCUCAGUGUACGCCACAAGAGACCAAGCAAAUACAGCGCACUCUAUCGUAUGUGCAACGAAACUUCCCUCAACAGUGGGCCAAGAUAGUCCGCCAAUACGCAGGAUAAACACAAAAACAUAAAAUGUAAAGGACAUGGUCGGAUGAAAUCAUUAAAAUUGUGAUUUUAAUAGUGAUUUGUGCAUGGUUAUAUUUUUGAUGUUGUAAAUUUUAAUAAAAUCGUACGGCAAAAAAUCAUGCCACAAAUCACGAAAUAUUAGUCCAAAAAAUAUUAAUGCUCUUAUUUAUAAAUUAAUAAAUCCGUAGAUCAAUAUGAAGAUUGUUGUAUUUAAUAAAUAAUUAUGUACUUAACAUUUAAAAAUCUUUAACAGCGCAAUCUAGUUUUAAGUAUUUUUAACUGGUUUCAUCAAUUAGUGUAUUUUACUAUGUAUAUUUUUAAGUAACAUGGGCAGGGUAUUUCGGUACUAAAGCAGUACUUGCCUUUAACGCAAUAAAGUUAGAUCCACCUAAAUUAUAAUUUUGUAAUUAAAUUAUAUUUCGCAAUAAAGAACAUAAAAAAAGAAAACA